ACAAUCAGCUGAUUUGAUAUUACUUGAAGUCCUUGAACCGCUUUAAACUCGGCUUAAAUUAGUUAACUCACAUUGUAAGCCGGUAAAGUGUUACUUAAUAUAACACACAACGUGUUCGCGGUAUUUCGACUUUGUUUGCGGUUUAUUUCACGUGCUAACCAAAGAAAAUGAGUGGGUUUCUUGUGAGAAAUGCGACACGCGUGUUAACACGAAGUUUGGCUCAGGCCACUAACGCCGACUACAUUCGCAUAGUAGAAGUAGGGCCAAGGGACGGAUUACAAAACGAAGCUAAACAGGUCCCUACUGAAGUAAAAAUUAAUUUAAUAAAUCAACUAUCGGACACUGGGCUCAAAUCGAUUGAAGUUACAAGUUUUGUAAGUCCUAAAUGGGUGCCACAAAUGGGAGACAACUCAAAAGUGUUUUCCGGUAUUAAGAAGAAACCUGGCGUAGAUUAUCCUGUAUUAAUUCCUAACCUCAAAGGACUAGAAUCAGCACUCCAGGUAGAUGGAAUCAAAGAAAUAGCGGUAUUUGCAUCCGCAUCUGACGGUUUCGCCAAAAAGAACGUGAACUGCACAGCAGAUGAAGCUGUUUUAAGAAUUAAAGACGUAAUGGACGCGGCGAAACUAAAAGGGCUCAAAAUCCGAGGUUAUGUUUCCUGUGUUGUUGGCUGUCCGUACGAUGGCGCUAUUAAACCAUCCGCAGUCACUUCUGUAACUGAAAAAUUAUUAGAGUUUGGUUGUUAUGAAGUUUCCCUAGGUGAUACAAUAGGAGUUGGCACGCGGGAUACAAUCGACGCCAUGUUGAAAGAUCUCUGGAGUGUGACUACAGCUGAUAGGUUGGCUAUACACUGCCACGACACCUAUGGGCAGGCUUUGGUGAACAUCUGUACCGCAUUAGAACAUGGUAUCAAAGUGGUUGAUUCAUCAGUAUCCGGUCUAGGGGGUUGUCCGUAUGCCAAAGGCGCAACCGGAAAUGCAGCUACCGAAGACGUAGUUUACAUGCUUCACGGCCAAGGAUGUGUCACAGGAGUGGAUUUAGAAAAAUUAGUCAAAGCAGGUCACUACAUCUCAACAGCCAUUGAUAAACCAACAGCAUCACGAGUUAACAAAGCUCUGUAUCAAAAAUAUUCUCUGUAAUAAUUAAUAAUUAAUUUGGAUGUAAAUAUAAAACACUCUGUAUAAUAUAAUAUUGUUCAACCUA